UGCAGCUUCUCCCGCUUCUCUUUGAAUUGCCACGCAGGACCCGGAAGUAAAUCCCCCGAUAGCGGAAGCAGAAGCUUUGUGAGACCGGAAGCGAGUAUACAGCAAACAUGGCGUCGGCGGUGCUGGCGUUGACGACGCGGGCCGCUGCUGCAGCCCUGCUGAGGCCUCCUCAGGUGGCAGCUCUUGCCGUCAGAUACGCAUCCAAGAAGACAGGUGGCAGCUCCAAAAACCUCGGUGGAAAGUCACGAGGCAAAAGCUAUGGCAUCAAGAAAUUGGAGGGUCACUAUGUUCAUGCCGGCAACAUCCUUGGGACUCAACGCCAGUUUCGCUGGCACCCAGGCGCCCACGUGGGGCUGGGGAAGAGGAAGUGUCUGUAUGCCCUGGAGGAGGGGAUCGUCCGCUACACGAAGGACGUCUACGUGCCCAACCCCAAGAACGCAGAGGCUGUGGAUCUGGUCUCCAGGCUGCCCCAGGGCGCUGUGCUCUAUAAGACUUUUGUCCACGUGGUUCCUGCCAAGCCUGAGGGCACCUUCAAACUGGUGGCUAUGCUUUGAGCUCCUGGUCAAGGCUGUUGGAUUGAGACUGGAGCCCAAGUGACAGGAGCGGGUGGUACCAGAAGUCAAGGGUUGGGGUGACAACGGGUUCCUGAGGAAGAAGAGUAUGAAGUGACUUUGGAGACCUGACCUGGGGGCAAGAAUAAAGUUAGUUGAAUCGAGUC